ACAUCACUAGUUCCUAGUAGGAACGCGAACGCGAUUUUUGUGAUGGAUAAAAACAAAUUCCCGUAUAAAUUCACAAAAACUGUGUAAAAAUGCAGUUCAUGCAUACCAAAACCAUAACUAAAUUCUGCAUCGAUUUAGAACUAUUAAUUGGAGUGCAUAAGUAGUGUGACAAAGCAAAAUUCUUUCGAAACGGGCAAACAAAAAGCAUUAAGCAGCACUUGACAACAGGAAAAAUUAAAAAAAUAAAAUAAAAUAACAAAAACCCGCUCAACAUUUCGCCUUUUACACGAAACAAAUUGAGCGUAAAUUAUCCAAAUUGCACUUUACAAAGGAACUUGAAAACGGAACGGAAAAUACCAACAACAAUAGCAACAACAGCAACAACAAGAACAACAAAUAUCAGCAGCAAAUAUCCAUCCAAAAGCAACAGAGCACGCGAAAGACCCCUCAGCAGCAGCAGCAGCAGCAGCAGCAGCAGCAGCUGAAUCAAUCAUAAGCUCGCGCACUGCUUACAGUUCAGCUUCAACCUGGCGAAUCGCAACGGGAGCAACAACAAUAGAGCCGAUGCCGCUGCUGGCGGCGCAGCUGGCGCUGGCGCUGCCGCUGUAGCCGCCGCGGGCCGUAAUAACAACAAUAAUAACAAUAAUGCAGCUGCCGCCGGUGGAUCUGCUGCUGGAGGCGCUGGCGCCGAUGCAAACGCCGCCGCCGGCGGUGGCGGCAACGAGUGGAAUCCGGAAGAAAUGGAUCGAUUCAGUUUCGACGAUUCCAUACGCUUCGAAGAGGAUUCACUCUGCAGCUGGAGCUCUGAGGCGGAAUCGUUGUGCAACAAUUGGCGGGGCUGGAAAAAGCCCACCACCAACGGCUCCGGCACAAGUGCUGGCAAUGGGAAUGGAAUCGGCCCCGUUGCCAGCGCCACCAACAACAGCAACGGCGGCGCCACAUUCGGUGCGGCUGGCUGUGGUCCACCCGGUGCGGGCAGCAACGGCAUCGCCAACUCUGCCGCAAUGGCAGCCGGUGUCCAUUGUGGACGCCAUUUCGAGGUCUCGUCACUUGCCGAGUUGGCAGCGCGAUGUGUCGCCUCGUAUAUACCAUUCGAGCUGGUGGAACAUGUUUAUCCGCCCGUGCCGGAGCAGUUGCAGCUGCGAAUCGCUUUCUGGAGUUUUCCGGACAACGAGGAGGAUAUACGGUUGUACUCUUGUCUGGCCAACAGUUCGGCAGAUGAGUUUCAUCGCGGCGAUCAAUUGUUUCGUAUGCGCGCCGUAAAGGAUCCAUUGCAGAUUGGGUUUCAUCUCUCUGCUAGCGUUGUGAGCCAAACGCCGCGCACCUUCUUCAAUGUAGCUGUCACAUUCGAUCGUCGCCGGAUCUCCUCAUGCAACUGCACUUGUACCUCCUCCGCUUACUGGUGCUCUCAUGUGGUUGCCGUUUGCCUGCAUCGCAUUCAUUGUCCUCUGGAGGUUUGCCUGCGUGCACCUGUUUCCGAGUCACUCACACGUCUUCAGCGCGAUCAGUUGCAAAAGUUUGCCCAAUAUCUGAUCAGUGAGCUGCCGCAACAAAUUUUGCCGACGGCUCAGCGCCUGCUGGACGAGUUGCUUAGCGCCCAGCCUACGGCUAUCAAUACGGUAUGUGGUGCACCCGAUCCAACGGCGGGCGCAUCAAUUAAUGAUCAGACUAGCUGGUAUCUAGACGAGAAGACGCUUCACAACAAUAUCAAGCGCAUACUCAUCAAAUUCAUACUUCCGGCGCCGAUUGUUUUCAGCGAUGUCAACUAUUUGACCAAUUCGGCGCCCCCAGCGGCCGCUGAAUGGACUUCACUGCUGCGUCCAUUGCGUGGGCGCGAACCGGAGGGCAUGUGGAAUCUGUUAUCGAUAGUUCGCGAGAUGUACAGACGCUGCGAUCGAAAUGCGGUGCGCCUGCUUGAGAUCAUAACGGAGGAAUGCAUGGCCUGUGAUCAGAUGCUGAUAUGGUGGUUCCAGACCAAGCUAGCACUUAUGAUGGGCUCCCAUGGACACAGCGGUGGCAAGCACUCCAAUACACACUCGAAUUCCACAGCGCUGCAGCAUGCAUGUAGUUCACUUUGCGAUGAGAUUGUUGCCCUAUGGCGCCUGGCUGCACUGAAUCCUGGCCUGGCGCCCGAUGAGCGCGACAUGCUGCACGCUCAGUUUACGUCCUGGCAUCUAAAGAUACUCGAUCGUGUGGUGAAGAGUCGCAUGAUGCCACCAUCGUAUACGAACAAACAUCAACAGAAUUCAAGAUCCGAAACGGAGCUAUUCAUUGGCUUCAAGCCGGCCAUUGAGGCAUGCUAUUUGGAUUGGGAAGACUAUCCCAUUGCGGGCGUAACGCACACCCACGACACAAAUCCCAUUUACUACUCACCCUUCACAUGUUUCAAGCACACAGAUGGCAAGGGCGAUACCUGCGGCCCCAACGCUACCAGCCAGCUGAACGCCACCCAGGCCCUGAUGAGCAACAACAAGCACUACAACUAUUUUAGCACCUCCAACGAUCAUGGCAUGCACGCGAGCGUCUUCAAGCACCGUCCAGAACGCGGCGGUUAUCGCGAACGUUUUGAUGCUAGCGGCGCCGAGCUGUUUGGCUCGCCCAACGACCCGCCGUCCAUAAACGCUGUUCUGCUACUGGCCAGAGUGAAUGCCGCCUGCGGCAUGGGCGUUGACCGCGACGCAAUGGCAAUGGGCGCCAAUCCAGUGCAGCCACAGCAGCAGCAACAACAGCAUCAGCUGGCCGGCGCAGCCAUUACACCCAAAUCGAAUGCAACAGCCGCAGCGGCCGGCUCCGGUGCAUCCGGUGCCGGUGGCGAUGGCAAUCGUUCCAGCGCCAGCAGCGAGGGCUUCUGCGAAAAUGAUGACUUUGGCGGCGACAACAGCAGCAGUCACAACUAUUGCACAGGGCGUGGUACGGCCACUGUGGUUGGACAGAAAUCGCUAACCGAGUCCGAUUCGCAGAGCAGCUUUGAUGCUGUCUCAGCUGUCUCCGCUAUGUCGCAGCAGAGCAAGGAUAUGCCCAUCUCAGUAACGGCAGCAGCAGCCGCAGCAGCAGCUGCUGUUGUUGUGCCUAGCACACCGGAUUACAGACAACAGGCGGGCUCCACAUCGGACACCUCAUCCGCAUCAUCGGCUUCUUCAUCAGCGUCGACCGCCUCGGGUAGCAGCAACAGCUCCAGCUCGUCCAUGCUGAAAACAGCUGCCACUUCACAGCAACAACAGCAGCAACAACAGCAGCAGCAGGCCUCACGUCGUCUGUCCAAGGAUGAAUCCUUUAGCAGCAGCAGCGAUGAAUUUGUUCAGGUUGUGGGCGUGCCAGUGACUUCGGCAGCAGCAGCAGCAGCAGCAUCAGCGGCAGCACCUGGCAGCGAUAUGACACCCGUGCCCAGCACUUCAGCAGCAGCACGAGCCGCCCUGGCAGCAGCAGCAGCAGCAGCGGCAGUCGCCGUUAACAGCAGCCACAACACGCCAACAGUAGAGCCGACACCCGCAGCAGUGUCAGCAGGAGCAACAGUUGUUCCAGCUGCAGCAGCAGCAGCAAUAGCCACAGUCACAGCCACAGCAGGAACACCAGUCGCUGUUGCCGCCGCUGUAGCACCCUCAGCGAUGGAACAGCCCUGCAGCAGCGGUGGCAGUGGGACACGUGUGGCGCUGACAGGAGAGAAGCCGCACAUUUUCUCGAAUGUGCGUCCCUCUGAGGAUGCCUGGGACAUAUUGUUGGCGCGCGCUGAGGGUCUGCAUGCCCAUGGACAUGGACGUGAGGCGUGCAUAUUGGCAGUGCGUCUGGCUGAGCAAAUGCUGGCCAAUCCGCCCAAUCUGCUCAUGGAAUUGCCGCCGGCACCGAAGCGCAAAGGCAAAAAGCAGAAUGUAAAUCCCAUAUCACAUCAGUUGACUGUUGUGGCUUCAUCGACGCUCUCCAAGUGCGCAUUUCUGUGCACUGUGCUAUCUGAGAAUUCGGAGCAUUUUCAUAUUGGCUUUCGCAUAUGUUUGUUUGCGCUGGAAAUGCCGCGACCGCCGGCCAGCACCAAGCCGCUCGAGGUGAAACUGGCCAAUCAGGAGGCGGACAUAUUGGCGCUGCUCAAGCGUCUGCCGCUGGGCGCCGCCGAGCUACAGGUAAUACGCGAACGAGCCGAGCAGCUGCGCAAUGGCACCUUCAAGACGCGCGGCGAAGCAUUAUUGCCCAUCAAUUUGGCCACAUUCAUAUUUGAUGCGCUCGUCACGCCCGGCGCAGCCAAGUUGGCAACGGCCACAUCCGCAGCCGCUGCAGCAGCAGCAGCAGCAGCCGCGGCUGCCGCAGCUGGUGAAAUGGUGGGCCUGGCACGACGUCCAAACCCGGCGUUGUACAAGCAACACAGCGAGGAAAACAUGGGCUUUGAGGCAGCUGUUGCGGCAUUGGGUCUAAAGGCCAAUGUCUCGGAAGCGGAACAUCCGCUCUUGUGCGAGGGCACGCGACGCCAGCGCGGCGACUUGGCCCUAACGCUACUCUAUCACUACAAAGAUGAGCCGCGCAAGAUAGCCAAGAUUAUGGAGAAGCUACUGGAUCGGGAUAUACACACGCUGCUUAAAACGCCACUGCUGCCCGCCUACUACUCCAGCCAUCCUCCCGUCCGUACGCCCAGCCAGCAUCCCAUGCGACGCGACGAGCAUGACUAUAGCGCCGGUGCGGCAGUCGGUGCAGGUGGCAAUGGAGGCGGUGCUGCCUUCAAUUUAUGCGAACUGCUACCCAAUGAUUAUGGCAGCGUGGGCGGCAACAGUCGGCCGCAUAGCUCAACCAGCGCUGAGCUGGAGUUGAGCAUGUGUGCGCUGAGCAUGGCCAGCAGCAGCAAUCAAUCGUGCAGCAGCAACAACAAUGGACAGGGACAGGUACAGAGCCAGGCAGCAGGCCAGAGUCAGGGCAUGGUGGGUUGCCAGAACAGCGGCCAGCCUGGCGGCAGUAGCAGCAGCAGCAGCAGCAAUGCCAAUCCAGCUGGAGCAGCUGCGCCUGGUGCCGCUGCUGGUGCUGUUGCCCAGAACAACAACAAUAACAACAACAACAACAACGGCAACAGCAACAGCACGACCAACAGCAACAACAAUGCCAGCAGCAGCAGCAGCCGCAGCAAGGAGAGCCGUUACAAGGGCAAACGUGCCUAUCCCUCCAUACCGAAUCAGCCGUCGGAGGCCAGCGCGCACUUUAUGUUUGAGCUGGCCAAAAAUGUGCUAACCAAGGCCGGCGGCAAUAGUUCAACAUCGCUGUUCACCCAGGCCAGCACCAGCCAGAAUCAUCAUGGUCCGCAUCGUGCGCUGCACAUGUGCGCCUUCCAGCUGGGUCUCUAUGCCCUCGGCCUGCACAAUUGCGUCAGUCCGAAUUGGUUGUCGCGCACAUAUUCCUCGCACGUCUCCUGGAUACUUGGCCAGGCCAUGGAGAUUGGUGCGCCGGCGAUUAGUUUUCUAAUAGAUACAUGGGAGGCGCACCUAACACCACCGGAGGCAGCUGGCAUGGCGGAUCGUGCCUCGCGUGGCUGGGACAACAAUAUGGUAUAUCCGGCCGCGGAGCUGGCGCUGUCUGUGCUGCCCCAUGCGGCGGCACUCAAUCCCAAUGAGAUACAGCGCGCCAUAUUGCAAUGCAAGGAGCAAAGCGACCUAAUGCUGGAGCGUGCUUGCCUCACUGUUGAAACGGCCGCCAAGGGUGGCGGCGUCUAUCCGGAGGUGCUCUUCCAGGUGGCGCGCUACUGGUACGAGCUCUACACACGCAAUUCGCCCAACAACAGCGCCGCGGAUCAUGAGCAGCAUGAGGAGCAGCUGGAGCAUUCGGCUGUUAGCUUGAGUGCACUAAUUGAGUCCCAGCAGCAGCAUGAGCUGCAGCAGCAGCAGCAACAACAGCAGCAGCAGCAGCAACAUCAACAGCAGCAACAUCAGCAGCAUCAGCAGCAGCAUCAGCAGCAGCAACAUCAGCAGCAACAACAACAACAACAACAACAGCAGCAACAACAACAGCAGCAGCAACAGCAGAUGAUGAGCGCCGCUGCUGGCGGUGCAGGUCCAUUGGCGGGUCCACCUGUGGUAAGCUCCGCACCGCAGCCAUUCCAGCCGGGCGUAGCGACACUGGCGCCCAUUGGCCUGGCGCCCUAUGGACCAUACACUUUCUGUCAGAGCAUCUAUGCGCAUCAUCAUAAUCUCAGCUAUCCGCCUGGCCAAAUGCAGAUGUAUAUAUCAGCUGGUCCGCCGCCGCCACCGCAGCCGCUCUACGCGGGCUACUCGCAGCAGCAGCCGCCGCCGCCGCCACCCACUCAACAGCAGCAGCAUCCACAGCAGCAGCAGCAGCAGCAACAACAACAACAGCAGCAGCAACAGGCUCUGGCUCCGCCCACGUCUGUGGUGCAUGCAGCGCCGCCGGGUCACCAGCCACCACCAGCGUUCCAGGCGCCGCCACCGGGCGCUUUUCAGCAGCUGCCACCGCAGGCAUAUCAGACGCUGCAGCCGGGUCCACCCGGACCGCCAAUGGGUCCAAUGGCGCCCGCCUAUUACGGACCACCACCGCCCCCUCCGCCGAAUGGACCGCCUGGUGGCGGUGUAGGCGUACCACUGCGCCAGCAUCCUGUCCAGCAUCCUGCCCAACAUCCAGCACAGCAUCCGGUACAGCAUCCAGCCCAGCAUCCCGUGUAUCCGUUUAUGCAGCAGCAGCAGCCGCCACCACCACCGCCGCAGCAUCAACAGCAACAGCCACCAUCACAGCCGCCGGUGCGACAGCGGCAACAGCAUCAGUUCACACCCACACAGAUGCGCUAUCUGCUGGCUGCCUACAACGUUGGCAUGCUGGCCAUGGAGACGCUGGCGCGACGGGUACAUGACGAUCGUCCGCAGGCAAAGUAUGCUAGGAAUCCGCCGUAUGGCGAGGACGUGAAAUGGCUGUUGCGGAUUAGCAAGAAGCUGGGCACACAGUAUCUGCAUCAGUUCUGCAUCUGUGCGGUCAAUUCGAUUGUCAGUCCGUUUGUGCUGCACGAUGUGGCCAUCGAGUCGGCACAUUAUCUGGGCAGGAACAAUCAUCAGCUGGUCAUGCAGCAUCUGCGCUCGGCCCUUACGCCGCUCGUGCAAAAGUGCCAGCAAAUGUAUAUUCAGUGCAUCCAUCAGAAGCUAUAUCAUCUGACCCAGGGUGAUUAUGAGGAAUUCGCCAGCAUUGUGGUUGCCGCGCGCGCCGCUUUUCAAAUCACACCGGAGGGCAGUGCACAGUUCAAGGACUGGCUGCAGUCCAUUAAGCGCUCAAAGUCGUGCAAAAAGGAGCUCUGGACACAGAUCAAUGCGGCGCUGCAAAGCAAUUCCAAAUGACAAAGACUUGACUCCUGCAAUCUGAUGACGGCAACGGCGGCUGCAGCUGCGGUUGCGGCGGCUACGACAACAA